AUGGCUAAUAGUAAGCAGGCAAAUCUCAAAGCUCCAUACCCGCCUACAACAUGGGCACUCGGCGGUGCUCCGGUUAAGAAGGUCGAUAUUCCAGCCCAGGUGGUUCUAAUGAUCUUUUUCCUGAUUGGCGCGGCUGUUCAUAUGAAGAUCUUCCAGAAGAAUCGGGCGAGAGGACACAAGUUCUUGCCCAGUCUGUUCAUAUUUAUUUUCUGCAUAUCACGAAUCUUGACGUCCAUUCUUCGACUUGCAUCAGUAUCGAACCCUCGGAACAUUCGACUUGCCAUCGCGGCACAGAUAUUCCUCGCAGCGGGUGUGGUGAUACUAUUUAUAAUCAACCUGAUUUUCACAACGCGGCUCGUCAGGUCUCUCCAUCCAUCGAUUGGCUGGCAUCCCGUCUUCGCUAUCGCUUUUAGGAUAAUAUGCGCCCUCAUUGGCAUCACCAUCAUCAUAGUUAUUUCAGCCACUGUACAGAGCUUCUACACACUCGAUCUGGCCACGAAGGCCACUGACAGGUCACUUCAACUCUACGGCUCAACUUUCCUUGCUAUAAUCGCCAUUCUACCUCUCCCGAUACUCCUCAGUUCACUUCUUAUCCCAUACUCACCUCCCGACCAGUUCGGUGUAGGUCGUCUUCGCACUAAAGUCAUUGUGCUGCUCCUCAGCACUAUCUUCCUUUCUUUCGGCGCCUGGUACCGCUGCGGCAGCUCCUUUCAAACGCCUGUUCCGCGAAGUCAACCACUACCAAGCUAUCUCGCCAAAGCUCCUUUCUACAUCUUCAACUUUGUCGUCGAGAUUCAAACAGUACUCUCCUACGCCAUCUUGCGCGUCGAUCUACGCUUCCACGUUCCCAACGGCGCAAAAGGACCUGGCUCCUACUCCCUACCGAAACAAGACGACACAGUCGAAUUAACGGACUCACGGCCCAAUUCCGCGUCCAAACCCACUGAAGACGCAGAAAGAGUUUCGAUUGUCGAGUCCGUCGCUGAGUCUGUUUUCGACAUAGAGAAAGCAGAUUCCAUCUAUCUAACCCCAGCGCCAACAUCGCGAUCAAGCACGCACUCCAUCGCAUCCCAAAGCGCAACCCGCUUCUCGCAGCUCCUUGGCUUGACGUCCAAAGACCCGCAACAAAAACGCACCUGGCGCGACAGCGAGCAAGAACGCGUCAUCAAGCGUCUCGGCGGCCCGUGGGAGCAGCUCCCCAGCCCCGCGAAGUCUACUUUCAACAGUCCUACGAAAUCUACUUUUAGUACUACCUCGAAAUCUACGUUCAGUGGCACUACAAGAUCCGCGUUCAGCAGACAUACAGCUGCGCCGAGCAUCCCGGACAUUGUCAUUCAUGACGGGGAGUGGACGCCGAGCUUCUCGUGGGACAUGCCGAGCUCGCUGUCGAGGUUUCCGUCGCUGAGACGCUUCGCUUCGAUGAAACGCACUGUGUCGGUUAAGCGAGCGCCUGCGCUGAAGGAGGAGGGUGAGCCGUAGAUGGACGUUCUUGGGUUGUACAUGUAGCGACGGCGUUUUGGGAGGUUAGGAUGGGAAGGGGCACAAAAUACCAUGACGCGAUUUCUUUUCUACAUAGCACGAUUUGAUUCCUCAGGAGGAAUUUUGUAUAGUACGAUGACGAGAUAGUAAUAAUGCACUGAAUGGCU